AUGGAUCACUCGCGCGAUCCCUGUCCCUGGGUUGCCCUGAGCGACUUCGGUGGUGCUUUUGCCAUGGGCGCCAUCGGUGGUUCUGUCUGGCACGGUGUCAAGGGUUUCCGCAACAGUCCUUACGGUGAGCGCCGGAUAGGCGCACUUACAGCAAUCAAAGCGCGCGCUCCCGUUCUCGGUGGUAACUUUGGCUGCUGGGGUGGACUUUUCAGUAUUUACGACUGCUCAAUCAAGGGCAUCCGCAAGAAGGAAGAUCCCUGGAACGCUAUUAUCGCUGGAUUCUUCACCGGUGGUUCCCUCGCUAUUCGUGGUGGUUUCAAGGCCGCACGAAACUCCGCUAUUAUGUGUGCCGUCUUCCUCGCUGUCAUCGAGGGUGUCGGUAUUGGUUUCCAGCGCAUGAUGGCCGAUAACACAAAGCUCGAGCUUCCUCCUCUUCCUCCCUCAGAGCAGAAGGCUCUCGCUUGA